AUGACCAAAAAGGAAGCAAAGAAGGUCCCUGCACCUCCGUCAUGGAAGAACGCGGAGGACUCUGACGAUGACAAGCCGAAACCACUCAAUGUGGGGGGUUACUACAGCGUUGCUAUUGAGAGACUACUUCCUUUGCGGCAAUUAGCCACAUACUGUCGAUUCGCAGCAACCAGAUACUUCAUCCUCCUUACACAAGAUGAGGUUGUAGUCUUUCGUGUUGGCCGAAUCGACGAUAAGGAACUAGUGCUCAAGGAUCCUGGCACCGGGAAGAAAGGCAAACACUAUGCUUCUUUCGAGUUCAAGUCUAUUCCGUGGUCCGCCAGUGUAGAUCGCCUCAACUUUAACUUAGCAGUCUGGGCUCUAGCCUGCAUGGGGAUGAAUGACCACCACCGGGAGAUGGAGGGUCCGGGGAAUACGCCGCUGGAUGGGAUGGCGCGCCUGACAGACUGGUGCGAAGACAAAGUCAAGGGCGAAUACAACAACGUUAUCUCAGGCCGAGUUAUAAGGAAGGAGGACUAG